ACAUUCUAAUUUGACAGGAGGUGGAAUUAAAUUUGAAUGGAGAGCAUUUAAGAGACUAAGCAGGGAGCUGGAGUCAUUCUGAACAUUUACACCAAUGUGAGGAUCCAGAACAGCUUUCAUGAUGUUCCUGUUGAUGGUGGUCAUCUGUCUUCUGCUGGGCUCUUUUCAAGCUCAGAGUCGUGCUAUUGAGGAUAUCUUUGGAAAGAGCUCUGAGGAGAUUGAUAACAGCACUGAACAAGAUGUUAAAUCUGUGUCAGCUAUAAUCGAAAGGGCCAACAAACAUGCAGGAGAGGGACUGAAUCAGCCCUCGGUCAUGUUUGGAGACAUCGCUGUAGCAACAGGCUUAGAAAUAGCAGAUCCAUGCACAGCUCGUGGGUGCAAAUGGCAGAGAAGCAAAAGUGGAAAAGUCCUUGUGUCCUAUGUCAUCUCUGAUGAAUACUCCUCCCAGGAGAAGGAUGUAAUUUUUCAAGGCUUGAGAUCUUUUGAGGAAUCGACCUGCAUUCGCUUCAUGCCUCGCACAAAUCAGAGGGACUAUAUCAACAUAGAGUCUAAUUCAGGGUGCUUCUCUUUUGUGGGCUGUCGCAUUGGAGGUCAGACUGUGUCUCUGGACCGUGGUGGAUGCAUCUCCCUGAAUAUAGUGCAGCAUGAGCUGCUUCACACGCUGGGCUUUCACCACGAACACAACCGCAGUGACCACGACAAUCACGUCCAAAUCCUUUUUAAAAACAUUAUUCCUGGGCAGGAGGACAACUUUGACAAAAUCAAGACUAAGAACCCAGAGACUGCCUAUGACUACAGCUCUGUGAUGCCCUAUGGAAGGUUUGCCUUCUCCAAGAACAGAGAGCCAACCAUCAUCCCUAUUCCUGACAAUAACGUGUCUAUUGGCCAAGCUGAGAAAAUGAGUUCAAAUGAUAUUCUGCGUAUUAACACACUAUACUGCAGUAUGUCUUAAGACAUUCCUUCUCUUAUUAAUUCAUUUAAAAGCAAUUCUGAAAGCUUUGUCAGCAUAGGGUGAAAAUGCUGUCUUCUUUGAAUUACAUUGAUUAGGAAAUGCAUUUAUAUUUUGUAUGCAUACAUGUUUAAUUUUUCAGAAUAGGACAAAACUUUAUCUGGGUUAUUAUUUGGAAAACUUUGAAAAAUGACAUUUCACUCCUCAUGGAGGACAAAAUAUUUUACAGAUUCAGUUUAGGAGUUUGUGAUUAGCGUCAUUUUACAAACCAUAGAGUUGGUGCUGUUUUUAAUUCAGUUU